AGUCCUUCCCCCUUCAACUAACUUCAACGAAAGAGUCCUCAUACAGGUAUAUACAACCACAAGAUCCAAUUUAGUGGGUUGGUGAGUUCUUGUCAUUUAUACAAACAGUUCACGUUCACAACCACCCUAGUAGAGUAAUAGAGCCAACCAGUAAACCCAAAGCCACCAGCUUCUCUCCUCGGUACCCGCCAGAGCAGCAUGGCCGCCGCUAUGAUCCGUCUCCUCCACUCCCCGAUCUCCCAUUGCAGUAGCUACUCUUUAGAUCGCCAAUCCCCGAUCCAAACUUCUCCAAAUCUUGCUAUUUCUCCUAACAAUCCCCAUCUCCCUCCUCUAUAUUUUAAGACCCGCGAUCGCCCUUCCAGUUUCAAACUUUUGGCCUCAGGUGAUGGAGGUAUCGGGAUCGGAUCCGGUGGCGGCACUGGGGGUCCCGGCGGCGGUGAUAGGUGGAGCUCUGAAGGCGGAGACGAAAGUUCGGAGAAUAAGAAAGACGCUUUUGGACCAUUGGGGCUGUUUUUGAAUGGAUGGAGAUCUAGGGUUCAAGCAGACCCGCAAUUCCCAUUCAAGGUCCUGAUGGAGGAAAUAGUAGGCGUGACUGCUUGUGUGCUAGGAGAUAUGGCCUCUCGCCCGAACUUUGGCCUUAACGAAUUGGAUUUCGUUUUCUCCACACUCGUAGUUAAUUCAAUUUUGAAUUUCGUUCUUAUGUACAUUCUAGCACCAACUGCAGGCGCCUCUGCAUCUUCAGGUCUACGUUCGAUGUUUGAACCGGGAGCAUUCUCUGUGUUUGACCGAUUGGGUGCUUUUCUGUACAAGGGUGUACUAUUCGCGGCAGUUGGCUUCGCAGCUGGGCUGGUGGGUACUGCCUUAUCGAACGGAUUGAUGGGGAUGAGGAAGAAGAUGGAUCCGUUAUUUGAGACCCCAAACAAGCCACCACCAAUUCUGCUGAAUGCAGGCACUUGGGCGCUUCACCUGGGUUUGAGCAGCAACUUGAGGUACCAAACAUUGAAUGGGAUUGAGUUCGUGUUGGCUAAAGGAGUUCCGCCUCUGGUCUUCAAAGUGUCUGUAGUGAUCUUAAGGUGUUUGAAUAAUGUCCUUGGUGGGGUUUCGUUUGUGGCGUUAGCAAGGAUGACUGGGUCGCAGAAGGGAGGGAAAGUAGAGGCAGAUGAUGUUGAGGAGGUAAAGGAGAAGUUGGUGGGUAAUAGUGGUUCCGAUUAGUUGGGAUUUCUUUUUCUUCUCCUCUCUUGUUUCAUCCUAACUACGGUAGAGAGUGAAGGUUGGUACGAAUAAACGCCAUUUGGUUGUUUUUGGAUGGCUUAGCGCAAAUGGAAUGUCGUGACUCCAAGUUUAUGAGUGUUUUCAUUAUAGCGAUUUGCGAGAUGGAUCAUUGCUCAACCUAGCUUGUGCGAAUGACAUCAUGCAUUAUUUUUCCACAUGGUCCAUGGGAGUUGCAUGGUCUUUCAUAUAACCCGAAAUUUACCAAUCAAUUGUCCGAUAGGCAAUUGGAUGGAUUCCACGUCAAAAAAGGUAAUUUUGCUACACCAUCUAUGUAGCAUCGUCUAUGAGGGAGUGACUAGAAGUUUUGGUUUCGAUUAUAACAUAUUUUUCGUGGUUUUUCUGAAAUAUCAAGUUAAAUUUGCAUAUUUUGUGUUGA